GCCUGCGCAUCCCGUUAACACGGCAGGUGUUACAGCCGCAGAGGUUUCAAAGAAAAACAUUCAGUUUGUAGAUGAACGCGCGGACCAACGCACGCAAGACGAACGAACGUUCCAAAUUCGAACGAGUGCGUAGUUUAUUCGUGUCUAUGACUUAAAAAAUAUAAAAAGUGCACAGAUGAUGUUCAAUUUGGCUUUGAAAUAACUAAGGAAAUUUAAUGCAGAUGUUGACACUGGGAAUUCUUCUAUAAUAACUAAAGUAGUGGGCGCGCAGAGAUGUGGCGUGCAGUACUGCUAUCGUGCGCAUUAGUGUGUCACGGCCAGCAGACUAGCCCAAACCGGGUCGUUGACCUCACCAGCACGUGCGACAAGGGCUCCCUCACUGUACACCUAGGCAUGGAACAGCCCUUCAAGGGACUCGUCUUUAGCAAGGACUUCUCUAGGGAGUGUCGAGUUCAAGGUAGUUUCCAAAACCGGGUGACCCUCCACUUGCCGUCGAAUGCGUGUGGCGUGCGUACGUCUACCUUAAACAGCUCCAUCUCAGAGCCGGACAAUGAAGACUUGUAUUACAACGUGGAACUCGUGGUGCAGAUGGACAAGCAUCUGCAGCAGUCUGCCGACCAAGACAUAGUGGUGCGAUGUAAAUUGCAACGUCGUGCAGUGCGCAUUAAUAGUUCAGCGUUGGAAGGUGUCAUAAGUACCAAAUUACGUGAAAUGAUGGGGCAUGAUAUGAAGAAAAUAAGGACGGGACGUAAUCGGCACGGAUUCGUGACCCCCGCGGAGUUAGAACAGCGACAAUGGCUGAUGGAGGCUGCCAGGGCCUGGAUGCAGCUAGCACCAGUAUCAGCCAGCACAGAGCCCGACACCGUGGAGGUCGGGCAGCCCACUAGGCUGCUCAUACAGUGCACGCUGCCAGUUGGUAUUGGCCUUCGAGUUACCAACUGCAUCGCCCACGACGGCCUCGGCGAGGCUUCUCAGAAGUUGCUAGACGAAGCAGGCUGCCCCAUAGACGAGGCCAUCUUCAACAAGCCUACCAUCCACCGCCACCAACACAGAACAGAAGUCGACUUGUCUGAUUUAGAACCAGUUGAUCCUCAGCGAAACAUUGACGAAAACGCGAACAUAAAACUAUCAAGAUCAGAUCCUGAAUUCAUGUUUAAAAAUAUAAUGACGUAUCAACAUGCUGUCACUACUUUUGCGGCAUUCAAAUUCCCUGAUCGGGCUAAACUACAUUUAUCAUGUGGAAUCGAGUUGUGUAAAGGACAAUGCCCGCCUGUUGACUGCAAGGCACUACAGAAACCCCAGCAAACCCGAGAUGGACUGGUGAGAAAAGCUCGGUUGGAUAAGGACGCUAAAGGAGUGGUUAUUGAUAGACUUGAAGUAUACAAUAGUAUUGAAGUUUUGGCGCCAAAUAUUGAGCUGGAAGAUGAGGCGUCGAUUAGAGGUUCACGAAGAAUUGAAGCGGAAGAAGAUGAAUUGAUAAGAAAAUUCUCGCCUGGAGACAAAACCAUCUGCCUCUCUCCCGGAAAAAUGGCACUGGCCUUCUGCGUGUUAGGGGUAAUUUUUCUCUGUGCUAUAGCUGUAGCAUUCAUAUCGCUGGUGCGAGCGAGACGGCGACUAGGCCGUGAACCACUGCAUACAUCUCUCUCGUUCUACACUGGCAGCAAAAGCAUGUUUUCUUCUAGUGAGAGUUCUAGCUCAGGGUUAAGCGGUAGCAAGCUACUUUUAACUGACAGUCCAUAUUUGGACCAUCACUCUUCUUCAAGCAAUAACUGGCCGUAUUCACGAGCCUUCUAAGUAAACCUCGAUUGACUGAUUAAUAAGUAGAUCACUAACUUAGAUGAUAUUACGAUUCACGCAAAUCCUUUACAAAGAAAAAUCGUGAGCAGGUGGCAAAAAGACGCUCAUAGGCACGUUGAGUAACCUGGCACAAAUCAUGUUUUAAUGAAUAAAGAAAAAACCACCAAUAUCUUUUUUUAGUAGGUAGAUAGAUGUGUGUAGGUGUCCGACCAAGUUUCCGCCAAACUUGGUCGGAUUAAUUAAAGCUGACGAUGCCCAUUGUAGGAAUAAACUUCCAAAGGUUUUUUGGUUUUGGUAAGCUAUUUAUUUGCAAAAUAAUAAUAUGAGUUUACAUGUAGGUAUUGUUUAUGAUGACAAGUUGAGGUGGCGCUUUUGAUAUUAUCGGAUAGAUACUCAGUGUAGGAUUAUACAAAAUAGAAGAUGUCAGUGCUUAGACAAUUUACUUCAUAUCACUUAAUAAUUAACAAUUUACAGACAAACCGGAAUAAAAAUUAUUUUCUCCAUUCAUUUAUAAAUAUGAAGAAAGAAAGGUAUUUAUUCAAAAUCUAUGUUAGGAUGUUCGUUGACACGACACACAAGACAACACACAUAGCUACCUAAGCUAUGUGUCUUCUUUCCUCAAUUUCAUUAUUUUUGAGAUUCACCGCAGAGUAAAAGGAAGAGAGAAGCUAAGAUAUAUUGUCGUAUGAACGUUCGUGAAUCAACCCCCAGAUAACGACGCAGCCGAGAAUAGCAUAGAUAAGAGUGUGGUUGUUGAAACUACAUGCGGAUUAUUAACGAACGUCGACUAAGCAAAUGUUUAUGUUAUUUUUUCCCUCUCUGAGGUUAAUUAGGAAAAAAAAUUAAGAGAGAGUUGGUAAGAAAUAUGCAAUUUCAACGUUCUUGAAAAGACCCCAUGAUAUGAGGUAAGUUAGUCCUAAAGGGCAACACCAUAAUUUUUGAUAAAUUUUUUUAUGUAGACGGUGGAGCAUACAGAAAAGUAUAAUAUACCUUAUCAAAAAUGGUAUCUACCUACGUUUCUGUGACAUGCUUCUUAUUUGUGAGAUUCACCAAGUAUCUUUACCGAUUAAUAAAAGGGUGCGGGACUGGGUUCUAGGUAUUACUAAAGUUAACAUUAGCGCCACCUCGAGUACUAGUGUAGUUUUUAAAAACUAUUUAUCUUGAAUAAUGAUGAGAUUGUGAUAUGUUGU